AUGGACGAUACAGUAAGUUAUGAAAAUCUUAUUCCUAGUGAAGAACGAGAUAUUAUGAAAUUAGAACAUUAUCCCCAUACUAUUUCAUAUGGUAAUUAUUUGUGUAAUUCUUUGAAGUCACCAUCCCCAAAUUAUUCAAAUCAACCACCAUCAUUAUUUGUUGCUGUUGACACAACAAAUAAUACAAUGUUUACUAAAUCUAUUAUUUAUGUUGUAAAGAAGCUUGUUCCAGAAUUUAAAGAUACUGCAGCUGAUAAGUUUACUUUCAGACAUUUCACUGAAGGAAUUACAAAUAAACUUGUUUGUAUAACAGACACAACAAAUGGUUUUGCUGUUAAUGUAAGAACAUAUGGAUCUUAUACAGAAUAUGUCAUCGAUAGAAAACAAGAACUUCUUAUUACAGAGGCGUGUAGUUCAGUAAUAUUAUAUGGAACUUUUUUAAAUGGGGUUGUAUAUUCAUAUAUUCCAGGAAGAACACUUACAAUAGGUGAUUUAAUUGAUCUCAACACAUUUAGAAAUACAGCAAUUGCUAUUGCAAAACAUCAUAAAAUUAAUCCCCCACUCAUUAAAGCUCCAUUGUUAUUUGUUACAUUAAGAAAAUGGAUUAUCAAUGUACCAACAGAAUAUGUAGACUCUAAGAAAGUACCAUUUGACGUUAAAAUAUUAAAGAAUGAGUUAAUAUUCUUAGAGAAUAUAUUAAAAAAUAAAUCAGAUGUAGUGUUAUGUCAUAAUGACUUAUUAUUAAAAAAUUUCAUUAAAGGAGAAGAUAAUGUUUCUUUGAUUGACUAUGAAUAUAGUGGGUAUAAUUAUCGUGCAUUUGAUUUAGCAAAUCAUUUUUGUGAAUGGUGUGGGUUUGAUUGUAAUUGGGAUAGUUAUCCAAAUGAAGAAACACAACGUCGGUUUAUUGGUAUUUAUCUUUCUACUUAUUAUAAAAAACCUAUUGAAGAAUUAUCUUCUGAAAUAGAAAAAAUUAUUGAAGAUGUAAAAUGGUUUGAGUUAGCUUCUCAUUAUUUCUGGGGUACAUGGGCGCUUAUUCAAGCAGCAUUGUCAACUAUUGAUUUUGGUUAUAUUGAAUAUGCCCAUAAACGUUUUGAUCGUUAUUUUGUUGUUAAGUCUCUUUUAUUAAAAGAACAUCCUCAAGUUGCUAAAUAA